GAGGUGAUCUAUCAACAAAGUAGAGAAGUCUUCAUUUGCGAAAACCGUAACCCACUCCUAGGAUUAAACUAGAUGAUGGUUUAGUAGAUGGGUCAUAUUCACACGUCUAGAUGACCACAUCGAUGACGAAUUCUGUUUUUGGAUUUGGGAAUUCGAUGAGGCAUGAUAAUCAUCCACGCAUUCAUACAAUAUAAUCCACUUUGUCAUGGGCUUGACCAAAUUACGGUUCUUUUUCAUUCAUUAUCCUUACUCGUCACAAACGUUUAAUUUCUUAUGGACGUGGCAUUAAGUUUCUUCUGGAAGCGUGGAAUUUCUGAAUGGAAGAACAGACUUCUUUAGAGUACAACUUACUACACACUUCAAAUCAUUCCAAGACUAAACGACGGGUUCGAUGGAGAAUAUUCUUAUUCCAGAAAAGCCGAAUAUUAUUGUGUUUCAAAGACAUGGUGUUGCUAUAUAUGUUGAUAUUCCUCACAUUCACUAGUAGUGUUGUCAGGGGGAUGAGUAACGAUAUCUUACGACUGAAUAUACCUCCAAAUGAGCCCAAACUAGACCCCAACACAGUCUGCAAGACCUUCCCCGAUCUCACACAGAGACAGUACGGCCUUUGCAGCAUGUACCCCGACGUCACGGCAUCCGCCAUUCAGGGAAUUCAGGUAGGGGUACAUGAAUGCCAAAACCAACUCAAGGACAACAGGUGGAAUUGCUCAUCGUUGGAGAAGAAAAACAAAAACCCUCAUGCAAGUCCACUGCUGAAAAGAGGUUACCGGGAAACAGCGUUUGCCUACGCCAUUUCCGCUGCAGGCGUCGUUCACCAGGUGGCAGUAGCAUGCAGUCUGGGAAAACUUAAGUCCUGUGGCUGUGACAUGAGUCGACGAGGGAAAGUCAGAAAGUGGGAGUGGGGUGGAUGUAGCCAUAAUGUGGAUUUUGGGGAACAAUUUUCUAAGAAGUUUUUGGAUUCCAAAGAAAAACGUUCCAAAGACAUCCAUGCUAAAAUUAAUCUACACAACAACAGAGCCGGGAGACUGGCCGUUAUAAGAAACGUUAACAGGAAGUGCAAGUGUCAUGGAAUGUCUGGCAGCUGCGAAAUGCAGACAUGUUGGAAAGCUACACCGGAUUUUAAGGAGGUUGGAAAUCGUUUAAAGAGGAAGUACAAGUCAGCAAGAAAGGUAAAGGUGGACGUACUGAACAAAGUGAAAACACAUUAUAAGAAGAUCAGAAAGUACACCAGAAAAACAGAUCUUCUUUUCUACGAACAAUCUCCGAACUAUUGUGACCCAAAUCCUGAAGUAGAUUCACCGGGAACCUCUGGAAGACUUUGCAAUAAGACAAGUUCAGGGGCAGACAACUGUGAAACAUUGUGUUGUGGGCGUGGCUAUAACACACUCAGAGUGAGGCGGACAGAACGCUGCGACUGUAAAUUUCAUUGGUGUUGUUACGUCGUAUGCCAGACGUGUGUAUAUAACGAAUGGGUCACAGUUUGUAAAUAAUAUUCAUCUUUGUGACUGUUUUGUAAAUAUAUUCCUAUAUCUUUGUAAGGGUUUUGUAAUUUAGUUCAAGAAAAAGAAGUUGUUUAAUUUGUGACUAAGAAUGUGUGAAACUAAUGGUCAGAAGCAUUUUUAUAGCGCGAAUAUUUUCAGAUAUAAGCUUUCUAAAAUACAAUUCCAUGUUUUACUGUUUAUAAAAAUUAUCAUAUGAUUUUAAUCUUAUUGACCCCCCCCCCCUCCCACCUAAACCAAGAAUACAGUUCCAUUUUCAAAUGAAACUGCACUUGUUAUAGUAAUUUAUCAUAACACCUUUUCAAAUUUCACAAUAGCCGUUGAGAUAGAACUUUUGUUAUUUAUCACUUCAUAUCUUACAUUGUACGUUUCCCACAUUAUAUAACCUACAUUUCAAAUAUUGUUACUUUGAGGAACUUCAGGGGAUUUACAGUUCAUUAUUUUUUAUAACAUUUUUUCCACAUUCAUCGCAUGAGUUGUAUCUAAAGUACAUCCCCCGGAUAGUUCUUUAUUAACAUGAAUGAAUAUUAACUCGACGAUUGUACACGAUUUGUGUACUAGUAAUUUAUUAUUUUUUCUAAAUCCCAAUUUGUUUCAUGUUUGAAGAUUUCAACGCAAAACAUUUUCCUAAUAUAUGUAUUAUAUUUUUGGAGUUUAAUAAAGAAUUUGAAAACAGUUA